GACCGUAGUGAGAUGGUAAACCGGUAACAGGACCUAAAGGGACUUGGAGUGGGGAACCGGUUCGAAGAAGAAUUUGUCCUUUUGGUCCAGGAACCUGAAGUUUUUAGACACAAACACAUUUAUUUAUUCUUUUAGCUUUUUAUUUUUUUAAACGGUCGGGUGUAUUUCAGAUGGAUUAGUGGUGGUGAUAGCGAGGAGUAAAAGAGAAGAAGAAGAAGAGCAGCAGACUGUGGGGAGUCUUAGGAGGAUUCGUCUGACUUGUCAUCUGGGAGUAAUUAGUUUAGUUCCAGCGACGAGAAAAGCCCAGAAGGUUGGGUUAGUGUGUGUGUUUGUUUACUGGGAGGAGGACACGGUGCUGAACCGAAUGAACCCGAGGCCAAGCUGACCCUCAACCAGCCGGGCCAAGGCUUUAUCAGCAGGAGAGAGAGAGAGAGAGAGAGAAAAUAAAUAAAAAAUAACUGAACCUGGGUUAAAUCAGGAAAAAACAAACCACGAGUGUCACCGCCGUCCCCUACCCGGGUGUCGAACAUCCAGAAGCCGGCUAGAAACCGGGCAGAGACCUCAUGAAUGGAAAUCAGCACUACAGGAGCUGUUGGGGCUGCGCCCCUGUUCUCCGUGCCACGCAGACCUGGCUAUGGCACCAUGGGCAAGCCCAUCAAGCUACUGGCCAACUGCUUUCAGGUGGACAUCCCAAAGAUGGACGUCUACCUGUACGAUGUGGACAUCAAGCCAGAGCGAUGUCCACGCCGUGUCAACAGGGAGGUCGUGGACUCCAUGGUGCAGCAUUUUAAAGUGACAAUCUUUGGAGACAGAAGACCAGUGUAUGAUGGCAAGAAGAGCCUGUACACAGCACACCCACUACCAGUUGCUGCAGGAGGAGUGGACCUAGACGUCACCUUGCCUGGAGAGGGAGGCAAGGAUCGGCCCUUUAAAGUCUCUAUCAAGUUUGUGUCGCUGGUCAGUUGGCACAUGCUGCACGAGGUACUGACUGGGCGGAGUAUGCCCGAGCCUCUGGAGUUGGACAAGCCAAUCAGCACCAACCCUGUGCAUGCUGUAGACGUGGUGCUGCGCCACCUGCCCUCCAUGAGGUACACACCAGUAGGCCGUUCCUUCUUCUCCUCUCCUGAAGGUUAUGAUCAUCCAUUGGGUGGUGGCAGGGAGGUGUGGUUUGGGUUCCACCAAUCAGUGAGGCCAGCUAUGUGGAAGAUGAUGCUGAACAUAGAUGUGUCUGCUACGGCGUUCUACAAAGCCCAGCCGGUGAUCCAGUUCAUGUGUGAGGUUUUGGACAUCCAUAAUAUUGAUGAGCAGCCACGCCCUCUGACGGACUCCCACAGAGUCAAAUUCACCAAAGAAAUCAAAGGUCUUAAGGUGGAGGUGACUCACUGCGGCACCAUGAGGAGGAAGUACAGGGUGUGUAAUGUCACCCGUCGGCCCGCCAGCCAUCAAACGUUUCCGCUGCAACUGGAGAAUGGCCAGACUGUGGAGAGAACAGUGGCGCAGUACUUCCGUGAGAAAUACAGCCUGCAGCUCAAGUAUCCCCAUUUGCCCUGCCUGCAGGUGGGCCAGGAGCAAAAACACACAUAUCUGCCCCUAGAGGUGUGUAAUAUCGUAGCUGGGCAGCGCUGCAUUAAGAAACUGACCGAUAACCAAACUUCCACCAUGAUUAAAGCCACAGCUCGAUCAGCACCGGACCGGCAAGAGGAGAUCAGCCGACUGGUACGCAGUGCAAACUACGAGGCUGACCCAUUUGUGCAGGAGUUUCAGUUCCGCGUGAGGGAUGAGAUGGCCGAGGUGACCGGCCGCGUAUUGCCUGCCCCCAUGCUGCAGUACGGCGGCAGGGUGAGCUCUGAACACUUCCUGAAUCGCACAGUGGCCACUCCAAGCCAUGGUGUAUGGGACAUGAGAGGGAAGCAGUUCCACACUGGUGUAGAAAUUAAAAUCUGGGCCAUCGCCUGCUUUGCCACGCAGAGACAGUGCCGAGAGGAAAUCCUCAAAAGCUUUACCGAUCAGUUGCGUAAGAUUUCAAAAGAUGCUGGGAUGCCUAUUCAGGGCCAGCCGUGUUUCUGCAAGUACGCUCAGGGAGCAGACAGUGUAGAGCCAAUGUUCAGACACCUGAAGAACAGCUAUGCCGGCCUGCAGCUCAUCAUCGUCAUCCUACCUGGGAAAACGCCCGUCUAUGCGGAGGUGAAGCGUGUUGGAGACACUCUUCUUGGGAUGGCCACUCAGUGUGUGCAGGUGAAGAAUGUGGUGAAGACAUCGCCACAGACAUUGUCCAACCUCUGCCUUAAGAUCAACGUCAAGCUAGGUGGCAUCAACAACAUUCUGGUUCCUCAUCAACGUCCGUCCGUCUUCCAGCAGCCAGUCAUUUUCCUAGGUGCUGAUGUCACUCAUCCACCUGCAGGAGAUGGCAAGAAGCCCUCCAUCGCUGCGGUGGUGGGUAGCAUGGAUGCCCACCCAAGCCGCUAUUGUGCCACGGUGCGUGUGCAGAGACCCAGGCAGGAGAUCAUCCAAGACCUGGCCUCCAUGGUCCGAGAGCUGCUCAUCCAGUUCUACAAAUCCACACGCUACAAACCCACGCGCCUCAUCUUCUACAGAGAUGGAGUGUCCGAGGGACAGUUCCGACAGGUGCUGUAUUAUGAGCUGCUGGCUAUUCGGGAAGCCUGUAUAAGUCUGGAGAGAGAGUACCAACCAGGCAUCACGUAUAUCGUCGUGCAAAAACGUCACCACACACGCCUUUUCUGUGCUGACCGUAACGAGAGGGUUGGACGGAGUGGAAACAUUCCUGCCGGCACUACAGUUGACACAGACAUCACCCAUCCCUAUGAGUUUGACUUUUACCUCUGCAGUCAUGCUGGAAUACAGGGCACCAGCCGGCCCUCACACUACCAUGUGCUGUGGGAUGACAACUGCUUCACAGCCGAUGAGUUCCAGCUGCUCACCUACCAGCUGUGCCACACGUACGUACGCUGCACACGCUCCGUCUCCAUCCCAGCGCCUGCUUACUAUGCCCACCUAGUGGCCUUCCGUGCUCGCUACCACCUGGUCGACAAGGAGCACGACAGUGCGGAGGGUAGUCAUGUGUCAGGACAGAGUAAUGGUCGCGACCCCCAAGCUCUGGCCAAAGCUGUGCAGAUUCACCACGACACUCUGAGGACCAUGUACUUUGCCUAGCCCCUCCUACUCUCCUGUCACUCAUAUGACACCAUGCACUGAAGCCUACUCCCCCAUCCCGCCAGCGACAAGUCCCGGGCUGCUCUGCUGUUAAAGCAAACCAAACGCAACUACAACAAAGGGGAGGGGUGGGAUUUAACACUGUUAUGCAAUAGAAUAGUUUAAAAAAAAAAAAAAAACAGCCAGGCUUUUCUCAGAGCCUACUACUUUCCUUUUCUUGUGUAGAUCUGUGAGACCCGAGAAAGUUAUGGCAUUUGAACACUUAUUUAUUAGCGUUGAGUUUAUCUGUGUCCGUCUAUUAUAAAUCAGAUUAAGUUAACUGAAAUGAAAUUGGGGAACUUGAUCUCCGAUCUAAAGGUCAAACAAUUCACUCUCAUAAUCGCUAGUGUACCACCACUGGAGGGCGCUGUGGUAUUAAAGAACUGUUUAGAGCCAGCAGAUGAUCAUACAAUAAUGUUACCAAGCUAUAAUUAAGCAAUAUCGUACGGAACAUUGGCAUGCCUGUAUAUACAGUACCGGUCAAAAGUUUGUACACCCCUACUCUACUCAUUCAUAGGUUUUUGUUUUGUUUUUCUGUAUUGUGACUAUUUUCUACAUUGUAGAACAAUACCGAAGACAUCAAAACUAUGAAAUAACAUCUGGAAUACGGUGCAUCAGUUGCCCCCUAAAAAUGAAAAGUUCCUCCGAUCAUGCUGCAUUUUUGUUUUUAUGUUCCUUUUGGUAAGAAAACACACUGGGUGAAAUAUUUUGACAAAAUUCAAAAGUUUAAUGGUGGCACCAGGAGCUCAAAGUUAUGGAAAAAGCUGCUAUUUUAUGACAAAAUUUCGAUCACUUUUCAUGAAACAUUAUGGCAGCUUAUAGAGUAUACCAAAUAUCUUAGAUCCACAUUUUUAGUCCAUAUUCUAAAUAUAUUAUCAAGCACAGUUUGAGUUUUAGCUGUUCAUUGAAUCAUUGUUCAACUACUUUUAAACAAUACAAAUGUAUUAUGAAUCACAUUAAUGCUUCUCAAUCCCUUGCAAAGGUUCUUAACAUGAUCUCUGGGUCACAAGAAAUCAAUAAACGGAGUCCGACAUUGCGAUUCAAACCUUACGCGAAAACAUAAAAUAAGCGUUUUUUGGCCAAAAAUGAACCUCAUGGUGCCACCAUUACCGUUAGACUUUUGAAUAUGGUCAAAAUAUUUUACAGGAUGUCUUUAUUGGCGAAAAGGAACACCCAAACUAAAAUGCAUCAGAUUUUAUGAAAGUGACGGCAACUGAUGCAGCCUAAUCAUGAAUUAUAUGGUAAACAAAAAGAGUGUUAAACAAAAUAAGUUUGUUUGAUAUUUUAGAUUCCAUGUCCCAACAGCCAGCCGCUGUGUCCGGGGAUCAGGUCGUCGAGGCCCCUGCCUUCGACUGCCACCCAAUCCACACUGCACCAAACCCCUACUGCUACCUCUGUGGGUGGUGAACCCACAGGAGGUCGGGCCCACGUCACCUCUUUGGGCUGAGCCCGGCCGGGCCCCAUGGGCAAAGGCCCGGCCACCAAGCGCUCGCAUACGAGCCCCAACCC